AUGGCGCCUCCUACGUUUGCUGGCCUUUCGGGGCGGCCUCUCUCCCUGGCCGUCUCAACCAUCGCCACCACUGCUUUCCUCCUCUUUGGCUAUGACCAGGGCGUUAUGAGCGGCAUCAUUUCCUCCCCGGUGUUCAACGACUACUUCCCCGCCACUAGAGAUUCUACCAUGCAGGGCCUGGUAACAGCCAUCUACGAGAUUGGCUGUUUGAUAGGUGCUGUCUUCAUCCUCGCUGUUGGAGACCUGCUCGGCCGCCGACGUGCCAUCAUCCUCGGCGGCAUCAUCAUGAUUCUCGGAACCAUUAUUCAAGUCACACCCAUGCGCGGCCAUGCCCAGCUGGCGCAGUUCAUCGUUGGCCGCAUCGUCACGGGCGUUGGAAACGGCAUCAACACCUCAACCGUCCCGACGUACCAAGCCGAGUGCAGCAAGACGUCCAACCGUGGUCUUCUCAUCUGUAUCGAAGGAGGCAUCAUUGCCUUUGGAUCGCUGAUUGCGUACUGGAUCGACUACGGCGCAUCGUACGGGCCUGACGACCUGGUUUGGCGAUUCCCCAUUGCUUUCCAAAUCACCUUUGCCCUGCUCUUCAGCACGGCAAUGAUCUGGCUCCCCGACAGCCCUCGCUGGCUUCUCACACACGAGAGAUAUGAGGAGGCUGAGCGAACCAUUGCCGCCCUCCGCGGAUAUGAAAUCGACAGCCAAGAGACCAAGACGGAGCGGGACAUCAUUCUCGAUUCCAUCAGGGCCUCGGGUUUCGCCGGUCAAAAGAGCACACCCGUCAAGGCUCUCUUCACCAACGGCAAGACGCAGCACUUCCGACGCAUGUUGCUCGGCGCCUCGUCCCAGUUCAUGCAGCAAGUCGGCGGCUGCAACGCCGUCAUCUACUACUUCCCCAUCCUGUUCCAAAACUCCAUCGGCGAGUCUCACAACAUGGCCAUGCUGCUCGGCGGCGUCAACAUGAUUGUCUACUCUGCCUUUGCCACCGUGUCCUGGUUCAUCAUCGAGCGGGUUGGGCGCCGGAAGCUUUUCCUCUGGGGAACGGCCGGCCAGAUGCUCUCCAUGGUCCUGACUUUCGCGUGCCUGAUCCCGGGAAAUCCCAACGCGGCCAAGGGAGCUGCCGUCGGUCUCUUCACUUACAUCGCCUCGUUUGGAGCUACCUGGCUCCCUCUUCCUUGGCUCUACCCUGCCGAGAUCAGCCCCAUCAAGACUCGCGCAAAGGCAAACGCCGUUUCGACAUGUACCAACUGGCUCUUCAACUUCUUCAUCGUCAUGAUCACCCCAAUCAUGAUUAACCGAAUCGGCUGGGGAACGUAUUUGUUCUUUGCCGUGGUAAAUGCAUGCUUCUUCCCCGUUCUCUAUUUCUUCUACCCAGAGACCGCAAACAGAUCGCUGGAAGAGAUUGACAUCAUCUUCGCCAAGGGCCAUGUCGAGAACAUGUCGUACGUCAAGGCUGCCAAGGAGCUGCCAUAUCUUUCUCACCAAGAGGUGGAAGAAUACGCCAUUCGAUAUGGACUGGUCGAUUCCGCAAGCGAGGGGGCUGCGGGUAAAGAGGAGGAUAGAUCGAGCGAAAAGGGAAGCUCCAGUGAAAAGGGAAGCAGUCGAGAGACUGAGAACUGA